AGCUCACAUUGUGGACCACAACUUUCAGGACCGCACUUCACAUGACAACCUAGGAAAACAAGAGGAACGACAAAAUACACGGGGAAGCAAAAGGAAAUCGACGGACUCUGAUUGACUGAAAUUUACCGGAAUUUACCCGUGGCGCACCGUGCGUAAAAGCGCACUAGCCACUUUGCUGCGCUCUUGAAUUUACUGGUAACGUCUGAUUUUUGUUUUAGUUGAAGAUUGUUUUCGGAUUUUCCUUCUCUCGGGGCGGAAAAAAAUGUUAAAAAUGACAGAGGAGCAUGACAAGUGUGUCAGCGACCAGCCCUGCAGUCCAUCGGGCACAAACAGCUCCAUGUCCCAGGACGAGUCCGACUCCGAUGCUCCGUCCUCACCUACAGGCUCCGACGGCCAAGGAGCCUUGCUGACCGGCUUGGGCAAGAAACUGGAUUCCGAGGAUGACGAGCGGUUCCCAGCUUGCAUACGGGACGCAGUCUCUCAGGUGCUCAAAGGAUACGACUGGUCCUUAGUGCCCAUGCCCGUAAGAGGGAACGGAGCUUUGAAGAGUAAGCCUCACGUCAAAAGACCCAUGAAUGCCUUCAUGGUCUGGGCGCAAGCGGCCCGCAGAAAGCUAGCGGAUCAGUAUCCUCACCUGCACAACGCCGAACUGAGCAAGACCCUGGGGAAACUUUGGCGCUUGCUCUCUGAGAGUGAAAAGAGGCCAUUUGUAGAUGAAGCAGAAAGGCUUCGGGUUCAGCACAAGAAAGAUCAUCCAGACUACAAGUACCAGCCUCGACGACGAAAGAAUGUGAAACCAGGCCAGAGCGACUCAGAUUCAGGAGCAGAACUGUCACAUCAUAUGUAUAAAGCUGAACCAGGGAUGGGAGGACUGGCAGGGAUGACUGAUGGACACCACCACCCUGAACAUGCAGGGCAGCCCCACGGUCCCCCUACACCUCCCACUACUCCCAAGACAGACCUACACCACGGGAUGAAGCAGGAUCUGAAACAUGAAGGCCGUCGUCUUGUUGACAGCAGCAGGCAAAACAUUGACUUCAGCAAUGUAGACAUCUCUGAGCUCAGCACUGAUGUCAUCAGCAACAUGGAGACCUUCGAUGUGCACGAGUUUGACCAGUACCUCCCGCUCAAUGGCCACGCCUCAGGCUCCUCCACCCUGCCCUCAGACCACAGCCACGGGCAGGCUGCAGUGCCCAGCGGCUCUUACACUUCCUCAUACAGUCACGCAAGUGCCAAUGGGUCAACAUGGAACCGCAAGAGCACCUUGUCCUCCUCCUCACCUUCCACCAGCGAGGUGGGCCAGCACCGGCUCCAUAUUAAAACAGAACAACUGAGCCCCAGCCACUACAGCGAGCACUCCCAUGAGUCACCCUCACACUCUGAUUACAGCUCCUAUAGUAGCCAGGCCUGUGUCACCUCAGCCACAUCAGCUGCGGCCUCUUUCUCCAGCUCUCAGUGUGACUAUACUGACCUCCAGAGCUCCAGCUAUUACAACCCUUACUCUGGCUACCCUUCUAGCCUCUACCAGUACCCUUACUUCCACUCAUCCAGGCGACCUUAUGGCAGCCCGAUCCUUAACAGUCUGUCGAUGGCUCCUGCUCACAGCCCCUCCGCUUCCAGCUGGGACCAACCCGUCUAUACCACGCUGUCUCGACCUUAGGGGGACAAGAAACACUCAGUUCAAGCCCAAGACUCAUUCAGAUUGAUGCACUAAUGAAGGACGUAAGGAGCAGGUGGGGAAGUGUGUAGUAGGUAGUAGGCUACCUGAGACCAUUUGAACGUGAAACAAAAAGAAAAAGUGCCUGCUGAUUUUAUACAAAGUUAUAUUGUUGCAAUGAAAACACACUUAAGACUUUUUACACAAAGAGAAAUUGUGUUGUUGGUGAGCCAAACUCCUCCAUGAGGACACGUUGCCUACACCUACAUCCUGUACAUCUCCCAUUUUUCCAGUUUACGAUUGCACGUGUGUGCACACUUGAGGUAAAGCAAAGGCCUGCCACUGAGUUGUGUAGGAGAGAAACAGUUUGGCUCAGUUCUAUUGCGAAGCAGAUGGAGACGCAGAUACAUUGGAGAAUAUACACAGGACCAAUUCUGUGAAUUUGCAGUAAAAUUUACAUUAAUGACCAGAGCUAUAACACAGCACAUUUGGCCAUUUGCAUCAGUGGAUCAGUCUUAACUAAAUGGCUCAUAUGUAUCUUAUAGUGUCAUUUUGACGUAAAAGUCUUAUGUAUUUAUGUUCAUGUAUUAUUGGUUUCUUUUUUUUUGUUCUUUAGUAGAUAAACACAUGUAAUGUGGGUUUUGGUUAUUUACGGUAUUGUUUGGCUCUUACUGAAAACAAGGUAAAUUAAGUGAAGGAUGGUAUAGGUUCAAUGCAUUUGGUAUCAUUCCGUUGAUGACUGAUUACCAGCAACAUCUCCAUUCCAAGUUGCAAGAAAACGGAGCAGGACCAACAGACUCGCACAGGACAGAACAGGUGUCUGAAAGCUACACUUGGCAAAUUGCGAUUAGUCAUGAUCUAGGGUUAAAGGAAAUGGGGUAAGAUAACACCACACACUCUGAGUGACAUGUCAGCUGGACCUCCUGUACACAUAUGUAUACAUACAUGCAUCCUAGUGUGCGUGUGUCAGGGAGAUGACGUGCAACUGUACAUGUCACCCAUUUGCUUGGGCAGGAGAUACAUAUCCCAUGACAUAAUGCACACCAAUGAUAUUAAAAAAAAUUCAUUUUGAACUUUUUCUGUAAUGCAAAGAAAAGUAUUUAAAGAGGAAAUUGUGUUUGAGUACUUGCCCAUAUUUAUCUCAUCAACCAAGUGCCAACUCACUGCUAUAGUCUUGCGCAAAACAUUUUUGUGCCUUCUAAUGCUUUAUGUCAGUAUUUCAAUAUGAAAUUUAAUUAUUAACAGACUUCAGGCAGCACACAAUCAGUAAUCCACACCACAAACUCCUAUCGUUAACCUGCUCCCGAUUAUAUUCUUAAUUUGAUAUCAUUCCUUACAGCCUUGGUUUGUAAUGUUCUGUGAGAUGCUGUAUGAAAAAUGUCCAGAGCAUCGUGCUCCACGUUUUGUCCACAGAACAGUGUUUUGUAUAUUAUGGUGUAUAAUUUUGAGAAAGGCUGGGAAAAUUAUUGUUGUUCUAUUAACUAGAGUUUCAUUCACACAUGCACAGCUAACCCAUUUG